UUCUUUGUCCUCAUCUUAGGGUGUGGCAUGGUUUAAUUCAUUUUAUUGACUUCAUUGGUUUCAUUGAUACUUUUGUAUAUUUAACUCUUAAUUAGUUGAAAUUAUGUUGCUAUCAAAUUUUCCUCCAUUUAGUGUUCCACCAUCUGUUGCCCUGAACCCUGCUCAAGCUGCGCUUUGGGCACAUCCAAUGUUAGGUAAUGUUGCUAAUUUUGAUCCAGCUAGACAAAAUCUGAUGUUACAAGUAGAUCCUGAGAUACGGCUUGCUGCAGCAGAGUGGACUGAAUAUAAAACUCCAGAAGGCAAACCAUACUAUUUUAGCUCGAAAACUAAACAAUCAGUCUGGGACAAACCUAAAGCUCUUAGUGAUCUCGAAGAUGCGAUUAAUAAAGUGAAAGCGCAACAAGAAGAAUUGGCAGCUAAAGCAAGUCAAGCAAAUUUAGAAAAUCAGACAAACAAAAACAGUGAGGUAAGAUCAGAUGGAAGUUCUGAUGUCGUCAUUAUUGACCCAACUGGGCAAGGUCUGGUGUUACAAGUAGAUCCUGAGAUACGACUUGCUGCUUCAGAGUGGACGGAAUAUAAAACUCCAGAAGGCAAACCAUACUAUUUUAGCUCGAAAACAAAGCAAUCAGUCUGGGAUAAACCUAAAGCUCUUGAAGACCUCGAAGAAGCGAUCAAUAAGGUGAAAGCGCAACAAGAAGAGCUAGCAGCCAAAGCAAAUCAAGCUAAUCUAGUGAAUCAGUCAAAUAAAAACAGUGAGGUAAGAUCUGAAGGAAGCUCUGAUGCCAAUGUCGCUUCCAAUGAGGAAAAACUUUCAGAGGAUAACGCUGCGGUGAAAAAGCCUGAACAGCCCAGAGAUAAAUCGAAACCUAUUUCGAGUACACCUGUCUCUGGAACUCCUUGGUGCGUCGUUUGGACUGGUGAUAACAAAGUAUUCUUUUAUAAUCCUAGUACCAAAACGUCAGUCUGGGAAAGACCACCUGAUCUCAAAAACAGGCCGGAAGUAGACAAAUUGGUUAAAGCACCACCUAAACCCGAUGAUCCAUCGGCUUCUCCUCCACAGGAGAAACGUCCGGCUGAAAAUGAAGAAGAGAAAGUCGUCAAGAAACAAAAGAAAGCUGAUGAGGAAAUGGAAAAGGAAAACAAAAAAGAUCCAUCCACCGAUAUACAAAUAAUCGCUGCAAAACAACGAGAAACCAUUCCCUUAGAAGAACGGACUCAAAUGUUUAGAGCUAUGUUGGUUGAAAAGGAGGUUUCAGCUUUCUCGACGUGGGAAAAAGAGUUACAAAAGAUCGUAUUUGAUUCGAGAUAUCUAUUGCUAACAUCGAAGGAGAGAAAGCAAGUAUUUGAUAAGUAUGUUAAGGAAAAGGCUGAAGAAGAACGUCGGGAAAAGCGUCAAAGGAUUAAACAACAGAGAGAUGAGUUUAGAAAAUUACUGGAAGAAGCUAAUGUUACUUACAAAACAAGCUUCCAUGAUUUUGCUCACAAAUAUUCUAAGGAUGAGCGAUACAGGGCUAUUGACAAACAAAAAGAUCGUGAGAAUCUUUUUAACGAUUAUAUUUCUGAAUUGAGACGCAAAGAGAAGGAGGAAAAAGCCGCCCAACGAGAAAAGGCCAAACAAGGUUUUAUUGAGCUUUUAAAAGAGCAGAAAAACUUGGACCGGUACUCCAAGUGGUUUGAUGUUAAAGAAAAGAUCCGAGAUGAUCCUCGUUAUAAAGCGCUGGACAGCAGCAGUGCUCGGGAAGAUACCUUUAAAAGCUAUGUCAGUGGUCUUUCAUCACAUCGAAAUGAUGGAAAUGACGGUGGCUCUGGAGGUGAUCGUAAGGAUGAAAAUGUCGAUGGCAAAGAUGCUAGAGAAAAAGAAAAGCAAGAAGCCAUCGAAGCUAGUUUACGAGAACGUGAAAAGGAAGUUGCUCGUGAACUUUCAACUCAUCUACGAGAAAGAGACAAGGAACGGGAACAGCAUAAGCAUGCCGAAGCUGUGGAACAUUUUAAUGCUCUUUUGGCCGAUCUCAUCCGCAAUCCUGAUGUUUCUUGGAGAGAAGGUAAAAAAAUGUUGAAGAAAGAUCAUCGUUGGGAUUUGGUCGAUUCUUUAGAUCGUGAUGAGAAAGAAAAACUUUUCAAUGAUCAUAUUGACAACCUUUAUAAAAAGAAGCGAGAAAAAUUCCGUGAGCUUUUAGACGAAGUGCGGGAAAUAACAUUGACCUCAACAUGGAGAGAUAUUCGACGAUCCAUUAAAGAUGAUCCCAGAUACAUCAAAUUUUCUUCUAGUGACAGAAAAUGUGAGCGAGAAUUCAAAGAGUACAUGAAAGACAAAUUGACUUUGGCCAAAAACCAAUUUAGAGAAUUAUUAAAAGAGACCAAAAUAAUAACUUAUAAAUCCAAGAAAAUGAUUGAAGACUCAGAACAACAUCUACAAGAUAUUGUUGCCAUACUCCAGAAUGAUAAACGAUAUCUUAUUUUGGACUGUAUUGAAGACGAAAGACGUCAUCUCCUUAUGUCUUACAUUGACGAGUUGGAUCGGAAAGGGCCUCCUCCUCCUCCAACUGCCUCUGAACCUGUUCGACGGCCAACAAAAUAAUGAUUUGACCAAUUUAGUGAUUCAAAUACUACAUAUACAACCAACGGAAUGUUCUUUAUGAUCGAAUUAACAUUUAUCUUGUCAUUUCUUCACUUUUUCACUUUCAUCUAAUUUGAAAGUUUAACGUCCUGCUCUUUCUCAUUUCAAUAUUUGAAAUACGCCAUUGGAUUAUGCUUCAUCCAAAUUUAUAAACACAAUGCUAAUCUAGUGGUUCCAGCAACUAUACAAAUAGUCUUUAAGUUAUAUUAGCUAUUUAUGACUCCUACCAAAACAUUUUUCAUCCCUUUUCUCCCAUCUCCUAUUUUUUUCACUCACUGUUACAAUUUACAGAAUUUUUUGCUUUAGCUUGCCUUCUCAAUCAAAUUUUGUAAAUGUAAUUUGAGACAAGCAAUAAGACUUGUACGUUUGAAUAAAUCACAUGAUUCAUCAA